GCGCGCAGGACGUUCUCAUUCAAUCUUCGGAUUUCUGCUGCGCUCUCGCAAUUUUCAUCCGCUUUUCGUCCUAUCGAAUCUUCCGCGAGCUUGAAUACAUUCGGUAAGGUUGCUUUAUGAUAAGACACUUGAAGAAGCUUUGUUUAUGCUAACAAAUUUGGGCUGUACAAUUGUGUUUCUCCUUGACUGUUGAAUGUUAGUUAUUCCAUUGUCAAGAAGGAUAAAUAUUAUAAAUAAAUAAGAGGAAAAUACAAAGACGAAUUCUACUUUGUGGUAACAACAAGCUUGAAAAUGACAUCUAAAGUGCUGAUGAAAUUACCAACAGUGCCCUUUCCUCAAGGAAAGAAAGCGCCACCUGAUUUGGUUUCUUUGAGCGAAAGAAAUGAUGGAUUCGCACAUGUUAGACAUCAAAGCUUGAAUAUAGACAGAGUGGUGCAGCUUGAGCAGAACAUGAAAUUUUUACAAGAACAGCAUCAGGCAACUUUGGUUGCUUUACAUCAGGAGAUAGAAUCCUUGCGUCAAAGAAAUAGAGAUUUACAAUUUCAAUUAGUAUUCUCCAAAAGAGCACAUUGCAAUGUGGCUAGCAGUCCUUCUUCGCCUGAAGAUAAUGGAAAUGGGUUUGCGAAAUCAAAGAAUAGCCCAAUAUGUGUCAAUGUAACACCUCUGCAAGUGGAGCUUCUGGAGAAAGACUUACAAGACAUUAAGGCAUCAUUACAAGAGGCAAAAACACAUAACCAGUAUUUAUCAAGCAUUAUAGAGCAGCAAAAAAAAAGGUUGGACACAACCAAAGAUCAAAAGAAUAAAAUCGAGAUGACAGAUGUGGGUAUUCAAGUCGGAGAUCCCGUACAAGCAAGUCUGGUUGUUCUUUUGGAGGAAUCGUACGCGAUGGUAAAACGGUUGCACAAGGAGAACAUGGAUCAAAAGAAGGAGAUAGCCUCUCUGAGAGCCUCAGCUUCUUCGGUAAAUAAUGCCGGUUCUAGCAGAGGUGGAGGGCGUUCUCGCGACGGUAACAAUAGUCAUCAUAGCCGUGUUUCGCCUACGAGUACAACGAUGCAGGAACAGAGCUCUCGUAAAUUUCCACCCUUACCAAUACCGAGCUACUGGCAUCGCAGAUCAUCGAGAUACAACACAAAUCGGCACGAAAAGCCGGAUCAUCAGGUGGAUGCGGCAGAUUCGACCGUUUUACCCCAACUCCAGAAUGGUAGCGUAAGAUCAGCGGAAGCUGCUAAUAGUUGUUUCGAGUCACCAUCAUACAGAUCGCGCGAAUAUCGCAAUUACGGUCGUGACGGCAACAACCGCAAGUAUAGAGGUCAAGCAUCGCGAAGGGAAAGUAAUCACUAUUAUCAUUCUCGUGAUUUCAAAGACAGAAAUUCUAAAGAUUAUCCGAGGGACGCAGACACUGGCGAGGGAUCGAAGGAUGCCGAUAAUCCACGAAGACAGUAGAUCGCAAAGUAUUCGUAGAAAUCGUGCGGUUUGGCGAGCUUUAGUUCUUCGCAUUGGAAUAUGCGAAUCUUUCGAUACUAUAACAGCUAUAUAAGAAUAAUCGAUAACGAGCGAUCAAUGUUUUCUUGUACACAUUCACUGGUGCUGAUGAAUCAUGUCAGUCAGUUUUAUGCAUAUAUAGCUUGUAAUAGAAUAGAAUCGACGACGAGAAUAAGCUGUACGAUUUUCGGUGGAACAGUCUAGUCUAAUACCAAUUUUAUUCGUUAUAGGCUGAUAAAGGAAUAUAGGAGAACUCGUGCUUUGUAGAUCGAUGAUAAUCAACAGCAGGAUUUAGUGAAGGACUUUGAUAGAUAAGGAGGUUUUUUCCUUCUUAUAUAUACAUAGAGACAAGAAAAGACCCGACCAAGCUUGCCAAAUGCUAGUUUUUUGGUUGAUGCUUGUACUUGGCGAACUUGAGCUUAAUAUAUAUGUACGAUAUUCCAUUGCUAUCGAUGCAGAUGUGUAUAUAUAUUAAACUUUUGUUCUAUGAAGAAGCAUAAAGAACUGCUUCUCAGAAUCGAACCUAGUCAUUUUCACAUAUUCUAUAUUAACAAUAAAUCAUUGAACGAUCUUGCUACUAUUGAUAUACACAUACACAUACAUACAACACACACACACACACACACACACACAC